GUGCCGAUGCGAUCGUGUGUAGGGCCGCCGAAUAUAUCCGGCGGAUCCAUCAAGGCCGGCCGGCGCGGCCGCGCCGGCUUUAGCUGAAUUCUGAGAUAAUGCUCGAUGUUGAGUAGAUUUGGCAGUGACUCCUGAAUUGGUGAAACGCAUCGCUUGUAACUAAGCGACAAAGGUGCUCCGUGGCAAUAACCCCUGUUUGUUUGUCUAUCGUGUGGAACUCAUUGGAUCAAAUAGUUGAAAGGUCAGUCUGCAUUUGCAUUGAGGCGGUUCACUUGCCUGUAAAAUGGAGCAGGAACAAGUAACUGUUCUGAAGCUGUCUCCUCACGAAACCCAAGGUCUUCGGGACGGCGUCAACCUCAUCAAUCGUUCCGAGAAUGAGAAAUAUGUAAUCUACAAGGAGCCGGGCAGCGACGAUUUCAAGGCGUGUCGUAACAAGUGCAAACAUCAAGGAGGGACGUUCAUCAAGGAUAUCGAAGAUACAGACGGAUGUGUGAUUAAAUGUACCAAACAUGGAUGGAAGCUGGAUACCAAAUCGAUGCGUUACACAAAUCCACCUGACAGCUUCAGGCAAGAACAGUUAGUAUCUGAAGUCGAUGAGGACGGCAGCAUGUCUCUGAUUGAACUCAAGCCCCCACAACCAUGGGAGACAGACAGCAGAGAGCAGCUUCCUCUACAGGUCGGAGAGGUCAAGGUCACCUACUUCACCCAUGCGUGCCUGGAGCUGAAUCUCGGGGGCACCGUCAUGUUCACCGACCCCUGGCUGACCGGCCCAGCGUUUGCAAGGGGAUGGUGGUUGCUCCACGAACCUCCAGCCAACUGGCUUGACCGACUGGCCAAAGCAGAUUUCAUCUACAUAAGCCAUGUACAUUCCGAUCAUUUAAGUUACCCGACUCUGGAGCUGCUAUCAGCAAGGAAUCCCGACAUUCCUAUCUAUGUUGGGGACACAUCCAUGCCUGUUUUCUGUAAACUAAAACAGAGUGGAGUCAAGCUCAACAAUAUCAACGUACUCAAGUUCGGCAAGUGGCAUGAGAUCAACAAGGAUACUCGUUUUAUGAUCAUGAUGGAUGGCGUUCAUCCCGAUAUGGAUACAUGCAUUCUUAUUGACUACAAAGGUCAUCUUAUUCUGAAUACAGUCGACUGCACCAAUCCUAACGGGGGUCGUUUACCUGUAAACGUUGACAUCAUGCUGAGUGACUUUGCCGGCGGUGCAUCAGGCUUUCCUAUGAACUUCUUCGGUGGAAAGUACACAGAGGAAUGGAAGGAGCAGUUCAUAAAGAGAGAGCGUAACAAACUUCUCUACUACAAGACUCAGGUAGUACGGGAUGUCAAUCCAACCGUCUACUGUCCCUUUGCUGGCUACUUUGUGGAGGCACAUCCGUCCGAUGGCUACAUCCGAGAGACCAAUACGAAGAACGAUGCAGCGACACUCAAUGGUCUGAUUAACAAGUAUUCACCAGAGAUCAAGACAUGGACACCUAAACCCGGUGCUGUUCUGGACCUGCAGAAGGCGAUCCAAGGAGACAGUGAUUACAUCCAGGAGCCACCAGCAGGAACCAAGGUCUUCAAGGAUAGUUGGGAGUUUGAGAAAUAUGUCAACGGUGUGAAUGAGUCGAUCGAGCAUGAGAUCUUUGCCUACCCUGAGUGGAUCAAGGAGUAUUACAAGUGGGCUCAUUUCCACAGCUAUAACCUGGUAGUCAGGAUGAUAGAGACAGAUGAUGACUUCAAGGAGAUAGAAGGAGGUUACAAUUUCCUGAUUGAUUUCAAUGGUCUCGAAGCUGAAUUCCCCACCGAGAGACCGAACAGAGAGCAUAAUUACCUUGAGAUUAAGAACAGGAUAGGAGUGCACAGACAGACUGUACUCAAAGGACUCUUCUGGGAUGACCUCUAUAUAGGAUUCAAUAACCAGAUUUCAAGGAAUCCAGAUACAUUCCAUUAUCUAUUCUGGAAUCACAUGCAGAUUUUGCUGCCAUUCGAGCCUCCUAAUUGGGAUGAAUUCCUGGCCAAGAUGAAAGCAAACAACAAUCCAAGGAAAGACGUCUGGAAGCCAUCUCAUUCUCAGAAAGCAAAUGGCAACCACAAUGUAUACGCCGGGGGAGACAACGGACACGCCUCCACGCUGAACGGCAAGCACGAGCCGCUCAAGAACGGAGGUCACAGCACCGCCAAACCCUCCGGAGGCAACAAAGGCAACCUCACGUCGUGGCUGGUCCCCGUCGGAGUAGCAGCUGUAGCCGCUGGCAUAGUACUCUGGAGGAUGAAAUAGAGGAUGGGGGAGCAGCGAAAUGACGCGGCUUGGCUGUCGAUCGAUCAAAUCUUCCCAGUGGAUUUCAUACUGUUAGUCAUACGUGUACUCUAUGCGCAAUGCCGUAAAAUAAUCAACCUUUUUGUACAUCCGACCCCCAUUUUUCUCCAGUUUUAAUUCACUUCAUAAAGUGACCAAGUCAUGAACGUUUGAGAGCAUCACAGACUGUCAAAAGAACCAGAAAUCAGAGACAGAAGAUUUCAUGAUGGUCUCACAUACAGAGGGUCGGACCUACAUAUUUUAUAGAAUUGCCCCUAUGUUUGUUCUUAUUCCAUCCAGUGAUGCCAGACUAGGCACUUAAGGUGCAUAAAAGAAUUAACUAUUGAAUGGUAACUUAUGUGUAUCAUGAAAGAUAACGCAGCUUUAUUGUAUAUGUAUAGUCAUAGAAGUAGCAACUAAACAAAAACAGAAUCUUGUCCGUGCUUAUCUUUGAUCUUCGUCCACCGAUUUUGUCUUGCUAUUGCAAUAUUUAUUCAGAGCCAGAUAUUUGUAGAUAGUUUCUGAAACCUGUGAAUGGAUUCACUUUGGUCUCAAAAAAGGCAAUCGCUUAUUUUUUUUUUGUUAUUUAUUUAGAAUAGUCUUAACCAGUACUCGGAAUGUUUGUCACAGGAGCCUAUUACACAGGACUAUUCAAGCCAUUUAUGUCACAUCUAUCAAUAUUCUUCUGUAAGAUUUUAAUAUAUUUGUCAGUAUUGGACAUAUUUCAUUUUGUGAAAUCAUAUUUGAUGAAAUAUGAAACGAAAACAUUUCAGAAAAUCGGUGCAACUGUGAUUGGUCAAAGUAAUGUUGGGAAUGUGUUCAUUUUUUUUCUCAAUCAUUUUACUCAUUUUAAAAGGAUUAUGUAUCAUAGCAACAGUAUUCUAUUUAAAUGAAAUUAAGUGUGCUAAAUCAUGUUAAUCAAAAAUUCAAUUUGUCAUUUCUAGUAAACUUGCAUGAUAUUUAUCUGAAUUGGACUUCAGUCAAGUUUACUAUCAUGUUUUUUUGUUUUGUUUUGGGUUUUUUUUUUUGCUAAAUCAUGGGAUAUGAUUCGAAAAGUACACAGAAUGAUGAAUAGUGGGUGGUGCAGAAUCACAUUUACUUUAAAUUAUAAUAAUUGUGUCAAUUUGGGGAAUAUCUAUAUUUUAUACAUUUUUUUAUUUGGCCCAAUCAUGUGAUGUUCUAAUUAAUGAUAUAUUAGAUUCAUAGAUGGAAUUGUUAAUAUAUUAUGAUAGUGUACAUUGAGCAUUGUUGUGAAUUUGUAGCAGAUUACCUUGGCAAUUUGACUCGACAAUCCUAUUUCAUACAUAGUUGUUGGACUUAACGUAGUGGAGCGUUGUGGCCCAGUGGAUUAGUCUUCGGACUUUGAAACAGAGGGUCGUGGGUUCGAAUCCCAGCCAUGGCGUAAUUUCCUUCGGCAAGAAACUGAUCCACAAUGUGCUGCACUCAACCCAGGUGAGGUAAAUGGGUACCGGUAGGAAGUAAUUCCUUAAAAAGCUGUGUGCGCUAUGAACGCCUAGCUUAGCCGGGUAAUAUAGGAGCGCCUUGAGCACCUAACAAGGUGGAUAUGUGCGCAAUAUAAAUACCCUAUAUUAUUAAUGAUUAUAUUUUUUUAAGUUACUGUUUUGUUUUCGUUUCUUUUUUUUUUCCUUUUUUUUUUAGUUGAAAAUAGACCAAUGAUUUGAAUGAAGUAUCUAUGAAUUGAAUAUUUUUUUAAGGAUUAUAGUAAUUAAUGGAGAUCAUGUUAUAGACAUACAUUUGUGUAGUGAUUACAUUUAUUGAUAAAUACAAGGUAAAUACAGUUUAGAAUAUUUCAAACCGAUGGUUUUUUGUUUAACUAUUGAAUUAUUUAUUUGAAAUAUGUAUGGUCAUAUUGUCAUGAGAUAUUGACUGUGAACUCAAACAAAUCUGGUGAUAUAGUGACUACUACAUGUUUAUGCACCUGAAUGUUAGUUUGGAUCUGGGGCCUGUGUCAUAAAACUUGUUAUAAUAACAAUACAUAGUGGCCUGUAUUCCGAAAUCUGGUUUAACUCAUUCACAAUAACAGUUUAAAGCUACUAAACAUUGUCCAAUCCGAUAGUUAUCUGAAAGUAAACUUGUUA